UGAUCAUGGUUUGAUGCGGAUUACACUUGCAAAAACAUUGCUCAUAUGCACAAUGAUGUGCCUUUGUAUCCUUUCAAGAAUCUCUAUUGGCAUCUUUCGCAAGUCUGGAACCUUUUCAUUCUCGCUCUGCUGCCCCUCCCUUUUUCUCUCUACCGCAUGUUCUCAUGUAGAAGGCCAUUGCAGCAUUGUUAUGGUUAUGUACAUCAUCCACUUCAUACCCAAUUUCGAUGAUGCCGUCAUAGCUGGAAGAUAGAACCAAGAUCU